UUAUUUUUGUAAUUUCGUAAUUUUUGAAAAAAAAAAAAUUAAAAUGUAACGCGUAGUAAUAUUAUAAUAAUAGUGUUACAAUCGAUAUUACGAGUCGAACGUGUAUGCCCGUUUCAGACGCUUUCAAUGGUUUAGUGUCAACUUGUGUAAUUUGCAGAAUAAUCAGAAUAUAGUCAACUUUUCUUCUGGUGAGCCUUCAUUUACAAAUUGUAGCGGAGCGGUGAUAAGGUUUUGCUCGUUUCGGCAGUUCCGAGGUGGCGGCAGCAGCAGUUGAGAAGUUUCGCUUUCGCAGCAGUUAGUGCUAGUCCCAGCUCAUCUUUCACGUCCACGAGCAACAUCGAAGAAAGCUGGAAACCAGUGCACCAGAAGAUUUGAGAUGAAGACCCUGUCUGUUGGCGUUUGCGUAUAGUCAACUGAGGAGCUAAUUUCUGUCUUACCUACUCGUUGCCGCUGUGUUCGCCAAAAUGGCCGAAAUCGACAAACGGAUGAUAAAUAUCUUUAUACUUGGUCUCGGUUUUUUGUUGGUGUUUGUUUCUUUUCAAACAAUGAGCAACAUUCUGAUUACCUUGAUCAAUAGCAUAAAACACGAAACGCCUGAUUACGAUGGAGAUGCUUUUUACGCGCUAGCCAUCGUUUACGUCGUAUUCGCCGUAUUCAAUCUGGUGGUUCCUCCGAUAAUUAGCGUGUUAGGCACGCGUAUUUCCAUGGUUAUAGGUUCCAUCGGCUAUGCGCUUUACAUAAUUUCAUUUUUUAUUACAAACGGCUGGACGAUAUAUGUGGCUUCGGUUGUAUUGGGAAUUGGAGCUGCCACUAUAUGGACAGCUCAGGGAACCUAUUUGACACUCAACUCGGACGCGUAUACCGUUGCUCGUAAUUCGGCUGUAUUUUGGGCGUGUUUCCAAUUAAGUACGCUGGUUGGUAACGCUUUCGUUUAUUUGACAUUUCAAAAUCAAGAAUAUAUUCCCGCCGAAACGAGAACGUACGUUUAUAGCGUUUUAUCGGGUAUCUGUCUAGUCGGCGUUUUUAUUCUAAUGCUUUUACGUCCGCCUCUCAACUCGCACGGACAACAGAUAUCUGACACCAGCAACGCUCCUUCCAAAGCAUUUUUUCAAAGUCUCACCAUGCUCUGUACGAAAGAUAUGAUGUUAUUGUCUAUCUCAUUUUGGUUUACAGGAGCCAAUUUAGCGUUCGCCGCCUCUAUUUACAGCUCUUGUAUCGGCUUCACAACAAAGCUGACGAAAUUUCCCAAGUCAUUGAUCGGUUUAGUCGGAAUUGUGUUCGGAGUCGGCGAAGUAAUAGGAGGAUUAUUGUUCGGAAUUUUAGCAGACGUAACUACAUUCCAGUGGGGAAGAAACCCGAUCGUGAUUUUUGGAUCGUUUGUGCUUGUAGCGAGCUACGCGUUCAUCUAUUUGAAUUUGCCAACGGACGCGCAAUUUGGAAACACGACGGCCAUAUCUUAUUUCGAUCCACCCAUUGUUUGGUUGGCGGUGUUGUGUAGUUUUCUACUUGGUUUUGGCGAUAGUUGUUUCAAUACCCAAAUCUACUCGAUUGUGGCUACAAAGUAUCGCGAGGAUAGCGCUCCUCCUUUCGCCCUGUUCAAACUCGUACAAUCGUUCGGAUCCGGCAUCGCGUUUCUUUACUUCAAAUAUGUACCGCUUCAUUAUUUACUAAUAGCUUUGACUGUGAUGGAUAUACUGGCUGCGAUUACUUUCUUCCCAGUUGAAGUACAAGCUCGUACGCCUCAUUUCGAACAGGAUGAAUUAAACAUUCAGAUUCCUGCCGGACCUUCGGUUAACAGAAACAGGACUAUGGCUACAGCACCCAAAACCGAGUAAUUUAGCCAACCAACCUAUAACUACGAGUAUAUUAUCUACUUUAUUCUAUUGUACGAGUAUUAUAUGUACAUACGAGUAUGUAUGUGCCGAUGCCGAUGCCGGUGGCGUGGCUUCUACCGUUGGUUAGUGGUUACUCGCUGCAAUUGGGUACUCCAAUCUUUUCGUGGUCGGCUAUUUCGGGGGCUGUGGCAUUUUUGCAUCGGCAGGUUACCUACUGCAAUAAGAAUCGAAGGGAUUUAUGUAAGUACCCGAGUGGAAAAACAUUGAUUUCAUUCGCGCGACAUUUUUGUAUGUACCACGUCAAUUGUACGUCUACUCUCACGUGUGUAGUCGAGCUACCUAUUCUACAUAGAUCAUAUCUUACUUAGGUGGAGCUACCUAGGUACAAACUAGUACCUUCUACUUUAUCCGAGUGAUAUUAUUUCGUUGAACCUGCAAGCUUGCGCCUUGCGGCUUUCCGGCGUAUUACCAUUAAUGUUUGUUAAACGACUAAACGAGUUGACACUCCUUAUUAUUGCUUUAUUUUUCUUAUUCUCGUUCUAUGCCUAUGCCUACCUACUCGUAUUUGUAGUAGUCGGUUUGAUAUUCCGAUGGCAUCGACAUUUUUAUAUAUUUUUUUAUACAAGUACCUACCCCUUUUUGUACCUAUGUUAUUAUUUUUUUAUUUUUGUGUAUUACCUACGCGGGUACAUAUAUAAAUAAAUGAAUAAAUAAAUAAACGAAUAAAGAAAUGAAAGACGCUAAA